AUGGCUGCUCUGUUUCUACGGCUACACGAAUUCCUUCAAAGUAUGGAAAUCUCGCGAGAGCUAGGAACAACGAUCCGUGAAUCUGGAGGUGAAUACAUCUAUAUAAUACACACGUCUGGCAACCUGAUGGCCUUUAUAUUUGCCUUUACAUCUGUUCUGGUUGUGAGGCCAACCAGUAUGACUGGACUGGCUCUCAGCUUUGCCCAGAAUGCUGUUGCACCCUUCUAUGAAGACUGUGCACCUCCAGCUGUGGUGGUGAAGUCUGUAGCUGCUGUUGGCCUCUUACUCUUGGUCAUGGUGAACUGCCUGAAUGUGCGAUUUUCCAUGGCUGUCACAACAAUCCUAAUGGCAGUUAAGUUCCUUGCACUGCUUGUUAUUUCCAUUGGUGGUGUGGUGUUGCUUAUUCAAGACAACACUGGCAAUCUUCAAUAUGCAUUUGAGGGGACAAGCCAAAGCGUUGGUGUGAUAGGAAUGGCUUUCUAUCAGUGUCUGUGGUCUUACGAUGGCUGGAACAACCUGAACUCUGUAACUGAAGAACUUAAGUGUCCAGAGGUAAAUCUCCCCCGGGCAUUAAUGAUUGCCAUCCCGAUGGUAACCAUCCUCUACUUGCUGAUUAAUGUCAGUUAUCUGGCUGCCAUGACUCCAAGAGAAAUUAUGGUAUCCAGUGCUGUAGCAGUUACUUGGGGUAACAAUAAGGUCCUGGGUAGCUGGGGCUGGGUGAUGUCUAUUGCUGCAGCACUGUCAUCCUUCGGCUCUCUAAAUGGAUCCUUUUUUAGCGGAGGACGAGUUUGUUUUGUCGCUGCCCGAGAGGGUCAUAUGGUAAGGAAAACAAGAACAACUAUUAUUUUGCCUUCGUCAUUUUAACUGCAACAGCAUGUUCUUUCAGGUGACUCAUUUAAUGAUAAUUUGUUAAUAAUGUAGUACUCACU